AUCUGGAGUCGCCGGAUCCAAAGAAUUGUCUCGACUCAUCAAUCCAAAAUAAAGUCAAUUGAAAUCCUUCCUGCACAUUUCCAACUCAAACUGCACACUCUCCACUCUUUAAACACAAGAUGGCCUCAAGAACAGCUUCGCGAGCCCUGCGCUCAUCUAUUCAGCAGCUGGCAAAGCCAGCGGUACAACGUCGAAGCUUCAUUGCUGCUGCGAGCACGGUUCGAGCAGCUCCCAAGGUUGCUGUGACCACGGGUAUGCAGCAGCAAAGGAGGGGAAAGAAGACGAUUGAUUUUGCUGGUGUCAAGGAGGUCGUGUAUGAGCGUGAGGACUGGCCGAGAGAGAAACUUCUCGAGUACUUCAAGAACGACACUCUUGCCCUCAUCGGCUACGGCUCCCAGGGUCACGGUCAAGGCCUCAAUCUGCGUGACAACGGCCUCAAUGUUAUCAUUGGCGUUCGCAAGAACGGCGCUUCAUGGAAGGAGGCUAUUCAAGACGGUUGGGUGGAAGGCAAGAACCUUUUCGAGGUCGACGAGGCUAUUUCCAGGGGCACCAUCAUCAUGAACCUGCUCUCAGACGCUGCCCAGUCGGAGACCUGGCCACACAUCAAACCCCAGCUGACCAAGGGCAAGACGCUCUACUUCUCCCACGGCUUCUCGCCGGUCUUCAAGGAGCUCACCAAGGUCGAUGUGCCAAAGGACAUUGAUGUCAUUCUUGUUGCGCCCAAGGGCUCCGGUCGCACCGUCCGUUCUCUCUUCCGCGAGGGGCGUGGUAUCAACUCGUCUGUCGCUGUCUAUCAGGACGUGACGGGCAAGGCUCUCGAAAAGGCAAUUGCGAUGGGUGUUGCCGUUGGCAGUGGCUACCUCUACCAGACUACUUUCGAGAAGGAGGUCUACUCCGAUCUGUAUGGCGAGCGCGGCUGCCUUAUGGGCGGUAUCCACGGCAUGUUCCUCGCUCAGUACGAGGUCCUCCGGGAGCGCGGCCACAGCCCAUCUGAGGCCUUUAACGAGACGGUCGAGGAGGCCACUCAGAGCUUGUACCCGCUCAUCGGUGCACACGGAAUGGACUACAUGUACGCUGCCUGCUCAACCACUGCUCGUCGGGGCGCCAUCGACUGGAGCGCCAAGUUCAAGGACGUCCUCAAGCCGGUCUUCAAUGAGCUUUACGAUAGGGUGCAGGACGGCUCGGAGACAAAGCGAAGCUUGGAAUACAACAGUGCUCCCGACUACAGGCAGAAGUAUGAGGCUGAGAUGGAGGAAAUUCGCAACUUGGAGAUCUGGAGGGCUGGAAAGGCAGUCCGCUCCCUCCGCCCCGAAAAUAACUAAACAAAUUUCGUCGUCGGCGUGAAGGCUGGGAUGACUUAAGAAGAGAAAGAAUCACAUCUUUCGUUCCAUUGGCUGGCAGAUGGAGCAAUCGACGCAAAAGCAUUUGUUUUGUAUCAUUAGCUGGCUUUGUAGGGAAAACGGGAGUCGCCCGAUCAUGUGGUGCUGGAAACACGGUGGGUAAAUUUUUAGCUAGCGAGCAAGGCAAUGUUUCCCGCAUCUCGACCCAACUGUUGAUGCAAUGUUGUGAGAGCGCAAUCCAAAUAGAUAUCCGUCCCUGCUGGGCAGCUACCGUGCUCGGAGCCAAUCGCCAUCCCGAGAGCUUCGACGUUGGCAAAAGCCCG